GGACCACAUGAGAAUCACCAGUUUUCAAAUAAAAUUAUCAAAAUCUGUACACCUAGAAAAAAAGUUCUGAAAAUUCAGUUGAAUUGGGAACCUUCUCCUUUUUUUGAAGUCGGUUGAAAAAAUAACUUGUCCCUUGGUUGUUGUUUUUUUGUUUUCUUCAUCACAGUCCACAGCUCUCUCAAAAAUUAAACAUCAUGCACCUUUACCUGCUGCUUCCCAACCUGGUUUAAGCACAUUUUAUAGAUAUGUACCUAUUUCCAACAGUCACAUGGCUGCUACUUUUAUUUUGCAUAAUUUAGUUGCUUUGCUGGGCACAUACCUCUUAUUUCUGGGAGGGUUAUAGAUUAGUUAGUUCUCUGCGCUGCCCCAGUGCAUGAUGUCAGAUUUCACAUGUCUCAAAGUACUUUUUUUUUCGCAGACAGCUGGUUUUCUUAUUAUAAUUUUAUUUAUUAUUAAAUUACGUUUAACAAUUUCAAUUAAAAUUCCAGCAUAUUUAUUAUUAUUACUUAACAGGCGCAGGCCAGCAGUUGCAACAACUGAUAUAAGCCCGUAUCCUAUUUUCAAUUGUGUAAUUAUUCUAUUUUAGUUGUUUAUCUAAUCUGUUCUUGAAUUGGUUAAUAGUUUGUGCAGAUAUCACUUCUGAUGGCAGCUUAUUCCAUGCUUCUACGACUCUUUGGCGAAAAAAGUGCUUGUGUGGGUUAUUAUUCGACAUGGCUUUGGUUAAUUUGAAGUGAUGUCCCCUUAGAUGUGUGUUUUUUGAGUAAUGGAAUAAAUCCUUGUCAAAAUUUUCUAGAUCGUAGUGUCCAUGUAUAAUUUUAUAAGUUUCGAUCAAGUCUCCUCGUUCUCUGCGAUCUUUCAGAGUCGUUAGUUUAAGUUUAUUUAGCCUUUCCUCAUAUGGUAUGUUUUUCAAUGCUCUGGGAACCUUUGUAAAUCUGCGUUGAACCUUCUCCAGUAACUCAAUACCCUUUUUGAAAUAGGGGCUCCAGACUGGAAUGAUUUAUAAUUAUUAUUAAGUCAUGUAGGCUUAAGAUUAUCCCUCACCCUCAUCCAUUUUGUAGGUGUCUUAUGAGGCAAUUAUGGGUAAUGCCAAAACAAAUUUACAGCCUCCGAUAUAUAUAUAUAUAUAUAGUGGAACCCCGGUAAUCUGGCCCCUGGCUAGUCUGCGGGUCAACUGUACUCCAUGCAUAAAUGUAUACUGCAAUACCAUAUAUCUUUUUCAUACGAUUCUGCUGCUGAACAUAAUAUAUCUCUCCUACUUUGAAAGCACUUGCAAUUGCUCCAAAGUCAUCCAAACGUCAGUAUUGGAGAUCUGUACAUACUUAUUGUUCCUAACUAGAGUCUCCAAAUCAGAAUGUAGUUGCUUUAUCUAUCUAUCAUCCUCUCGAGACAAAGAUGUUCACCUGUCCAUUUGACCCUUUUUAGGGUUCUGUACCCAAAAUGUAACCAACGGGACCCGGUUACUAAGGCUCCGCUGUCUGUCAGCAGGUUGUAUCUCAUGAUCCAUAAUAGGUAGACAGUUAAAAUUUUCACAGAAUGUGUAUUUCUGUUGCCACUAUAACAACAAAUAAUAAAAAUUAAAAUUGGCUCCCCCACUAGAAACGUGUAUGUUGAACAUUGGGGACAUAUUGCUUCAUAGGGGUGAUAUUUAUUAUUUUAAGUUUUUUCAGAUGCGACGCUGAUGCUAAAUCUUCCAUUUUCAUUUUCCACAGAUGCCUCUUACCACACCCACGAAAUGAAAUACUGAUAGAAACUUUAAUUAUUUAAGAAAGAUUAAAUAACACUUAUUGAGUCAUUCUUAUUGUGAAUUAUGGUACCACGAAAUAUUGAAUAAAACUAUUUUAUCGAAUUUUUAAAUUUAGAUGUUCUUAGUUUUUGCAUUGCUUUGCUGCACUAUGGUCACGGUUGAAGUGUUUUACGUCCUGUGGUCAUAGUAAAGCCGGAGAACGUUGAGCUUUAAAUUAUUAAUUUUGGGUGUUAAAGCUAUAAAAUCCGUAAAAAUUGUUUUAUUUAAGUCAUUAGUUUUUUUUUUUAAAUUAAAUUAGUAUUUAGGUAAAUGUUAAGCACAUUUGGCAUCAUGAAUUUCAUAUAUUUAAUUUGUAAUGUUAUUCAAAUUGAUAUGGGUUAUAGUGGAUUGUCUUACACCGCCACUACAUAGCGUGGUUAUUCUCUGUGCUAUGAUAAUUACUUACAAAAUUGUUGUAUAAACGGUCUGAGUCCACUGUGUUGCAGCCAUAUGUGAAUGUAGGAAGUAAGCACAGGUUGUUAGUGAAAUACUAUAUAUAUACCAGAUGUAAAAUACUUUUUUGCUUUUGUCAAAACGUGUGCCAAGCACAGCGGCGGUCAAUUGUUUCUACAAUGGAAAAUGAAAUGACAAAAAGAUGAAUAAUUUUAAAUUAGUCUCUAUAUAUAUUAACAUGGUUUUAUUCUUUUUUCAGAAAUAGCAUUUUCACCAAAUAACAAUGAAGUUCAUAUUUACCAAAAAGAGGGAAAUGACUGGAAGCAAACCAACAGUCUGGUUGAGCAUGAUCUUCGGGUAAUGGGUAUCGAUUGGGCUCCCAACACAAAUCGAAUUGUUACUUGCUCUGUCGAUCGUAAUGCUUAUGUCUGGACACAAGGUGAUGACGGCAAGUGGACCACCACGCUUGUUCUCUUGCGUAUCAAUAGAGCAGCAACUUGUGUUAAAUGGUCGCCAAUGGAAAACAAAUUCGCUGUCGGAUCAGGAGCUAGAUUGAUUUCAAUUUGCUAUUUUGAAAAGGAGAACAAUUGGUGGGUCUCCAAACAUAUCAAAAAACCCAUUCGGUCUACUGUAACAACUUUGGAUUGGCAUCCGAACAACAUACUCCUUGUUGCCGGAUCUGCUGACUUCAAGGUCAGAGUUUUCUCAGCUUAUAUCAAAGAUAUAGAAGAUCAACCUGGACCAAAUGUUUGGGGUUCAAAAUUACCCUUGGGUCAAUUACUGGCCGAGUUUCCUAACUCGGCUUCUGGUGGUGGUUGGGUGCAUAGUGUAUCAUUUUCUGCUGAUGGUAAUAAAGUAGCUUGGGUGGGUCAUGACAGCUCUAUUAAUGUAGCCGAUGCUACCCAAGGAAAAGCUGUAGUUAAACUCAAGACUGAAUACCUGCCAUUUUUGGGAUGCAAUUGGAUCUCUAAUAAUUCCCUGCUGGUGGCAGGACAUAGUUGCAUUCCAUUGCUGUACUGCCAUGAUGGUGACGAGUUGCGCUUUGUUGCGAAGUUAGACAAUACACAACGAAAGGAGUCUGGAGGAUUGUCAGCUAUGAAAAAGUUCCAGUCGCUUGAUCGUCAAGCACGGAUUGAAACAAACGAUACUUAUCUGGAUUCAAUCCACCAAAAUGCUAUAACAUGUAUCAGCCUUUACAAAGGAACUAAGGCCAAUGCUAAAAAGUUUAGCACUUCUGGCUUGGAUGGUCAGUUAGUCAUUUGGGAUUUGGAAUCUUUGGAGAAAUCUAUUGAAGGGCUCAAAAUUGCAUAAUAAUACAGCUCAACUAAUGUUUAUUAUUUAUUUAUUAUAUUAUAUAAGGAAUAAUACAGUCAAUUUGGGUAACAUUGAAUAUAAAAUGAUUAAGAAAUUUAAUUUUAUUAACGCAUCUUCUUAUUAAACAGGAACAUUUUAAAUGAAGUAGAAAGUUUUGGAGUCUAUUUAAAAAUAAAAACAUGACACUGUAUCAUAUUAAAAUUAUAUUUUCAUUCAUUUAUCGCUUUCUCAUACAGUAUGAUAAGACACUUUCAUAAAUCUAUUAGAUGAAUUAUCAUAAAUGAAAAAUUUGGUGUAACUUUGAAUUAAAGUUGGAAUUUACUUUGCCAAUAUUCGCUCAAUAAUUCAUUGAGCGGAUAUUGGCACAGUAAAUUUUUCAAACUUUAAUAUAAUGGAUGUCCGCAAAGUAACGCCUGAUUCUAUUAAUUAACUUUGAAUUAUUUACUAGAAUAAAAUUAAAGCCAGGUAACUUUGAAUUUGUGGUACAUACCUCUUAUCUUAAAAUACUAAUGAAUGAAAGAAGGCAACAAAAACAUAAUUGACGACGAAAUUUUAUAUAUAAAAGUGUAGCUAAGAUAAUUGUUAUUAAAUAUGUUGUCUCAUUUUUGUUUAAGUUAAUUUUAUUCUCAUUUAAAAAUCAAAUAUUAAUUAGAAAUAUUAUUUAGAACACGUUUUAUAAGAUGUUGUAUUUAGAAAAUUAUUAAAUUAGAAAUUAAUUGCAUUUAAGUAAUCAAAAACCUAAUCUAUGACUUUUAUUGUACAUGUGUAUUGUACCGACAAUAUGUUGGCCGAAUUUGUUCCACGUAAUCUAUGUUUAGUGUUCUUAUACAAUUUCUAAAUUUACAAUUUUAACUAUUCUCAGCAUAAUCCAAUAAAAACAAUGUACUGGAAAUUAUGUUGCAUUCAAAGUUACCCAAAACUGCUCCUAGUUUAAAUGGCACUUUAAACUUUGAACGCAAUAAUUUGCAGUAUUUUGAAUAAAAAAUUAAAAUUGUAACUGAUUAUUAUUUAAAUUAAUUAAAAAAAAUCUUAAAAAGGACUAUAGUUUACAUAGAAAUGAAAUUAAUUAAACACAGAAAAAGUUUCCAACGAGUUCAAAGUUACCCAAGAUGACGUUAUAGUUUGCGUGCGAGUUCUGAAAUCACUCAAUUAGAAAACGAUUAAUAGAAGGAAAGCUGUGAGAAAUUCACAAUCACAGUUGUUAUAUCAGUCUAGCAAGAAAAUGAAAAUGGUGAAGCAGUUGAGGCGAGUGAUGUCAGAUCCCCGAACCGUAAAAGUUUCAAAUAUACAGAAUAAACUAUAAUUUAUUGGUAUAACGUCUAUGAUUUACACAAUUAAAUUUUUUAACUUUUAUAAUCCAAUAAUUUAUAUAAAUUAGACAAUAAGGCUACUACACACUAUGUAUAAUAGAUCAUUUUUAAUACUACUGAAGUACUGAUUGCUGUCAAUGUUACAUUAAACUUUAAGGAAUUU